AACAUAGACAAGGAUGAACAAAAAUAAUCAAAUGGAGAUGUUCAUAUGUUCCUGUGAUUGAGAUCCCUAAAAACAAUGACGAUAUCUUGUUCAAAAACAAAAUUGACGUUUAAACUGCUUAUUUCAAUGAAGAAUCCAACCAUUUUAUGACAUCAAAGUUAGGUCCUCAAAGUCAAAGGAAUAAGAAAGGAUAAAAUUGUAGUACAAGCCUACAAGAAAGAGAUUAAAAAUGAAAUUAUGAAGGGCUUUGAGAUCGGGAGAAUCAGUUUAUCAAUGAGUUGAGUUAAUCAUAUAAAAGAUCACAACACUACCUUCAACCUAAAAAUUUAAGUCAAUGAUUUUUGUGAAUCUUUCUCUUUGGAUAUUGCUUAUCUCAUUCAUAGAGUAGGACUUCCAACUCUACACAUGAAUGUCUAAUAAUUUUCUCAUAAGUGAGUCCUUGUCCCCACAUUGGACAAUUUAAUUGAUAUAUAAUUUUAACAUUGUUGUGAAUAGUUGUUAUUAAUUGUAAGCAUUGUAACAUGAUGAUAGAAAUAAGAAAUAGUUUUCAACACAACCAUAAUAAAUUUUUUAACCAUGCAGGAUUGAUGCGAAAUUUUGGCUUGAAUAAAGCUACAGGAUAUGAUGGUGAUAUAGCAGCUGAAAUAGGAAAAGGUGUCGGAAGGUAUAUCUUACCGUACUUUAUAAUACGAUUUAUAUUUGGUGUGGUAGUUUUUGCUGUGUUGUUGAUAUAUAAAGGGGGAAGAAGACAUAAAUCAAAGUAUGAAAAUAUUGAAGCUUUUCUACAAGAAAAUACCCUCGCGCCAAUAAGAUACUCAUAUAAAGAAAUAAAGCACAUGACGAGGGGUUUUAAGGAAAAGUUAGGUCAAGGAGGAUUUGGCUUGGUAUACAAAGGAAAGCUGCGUAGUGGGUCAUUUGUUGCGAUAAAGAUGUUGAGUAAAUCAAAGUCUGAUGGGCAAGAUUUCAUUAGUGAAGUUGGUACUAUUGGAAGAAUACAUCAUACAAAUGUGGUGAGACUUAUUGGAUUUUGUGUGGAAUCAUCAAAUCAUGCUCUUGUUUAUGAAUUCAUGCCUAAUGGUUCUCUUGAUAAAUAUAUUUUUUCCAAGCAAGAUAUUAUCUCUUUAACUCAGAGACAAAUAUACGAGAUUUCUCUUGGAGUGGCUCGUGGUAUUGCUUAUUUGCAUGAAGGUUGUGACAUGCAAAUUUUACAUUUUGAUAUCAAGCCACAUAACAUCCUUUUGGACGAAAACUUUGUCCCAAAGGUUUCAGACUUUGGCUUGGCAAGACUUUAUCCUACAGACAAAAGUAUUAUCACUUUGACUGAUGUCAGGGGAACACUUGGAUACAUGGCGCCCGAGUUUUUUUAUCAUAAUUUUGGAGGAGUGUCAUUCAAGGCAGAUGUUUAUAGUUUUGGAAUGCUUUUGAUGGAAAUGACAAAUAGAAAAAGAAACUUUAAUCCACAUGCAAAUGAUUCAAGUGAAUUUUUUUUUCCUCUUUGGAUAUACCAUCAAUUGAGUGGGGAAAAUGAGAUAGAAGGAGAAAAUGUUACCAAGCAAGAAUACAAUGAUGAGAUAAAGAAGAUGUUUUUAAUAGCAUUAUGGUGUAUACAACUGAAGCCAAGUGAUCGUCCUCCCAUGAUCAAAGUAGUGGAGAUGUUGGAAGGAGAACUUGAGAAUAUUGAAAUGCCUCCAAAACCUUCUCUCUAUCAGAUAAAUGAUCACAAAACUAAAUCCUACGAAACCUCUUCAAAUGAUUAUAGUGGAUCGACAAGUUAUACUGAGGAAAGCAUUGUUCAUAUUUCUCAUAUUUCUUCUGAAUUUUCUACUUGAUAUUUGUAAUGGCUAAUAAAUCGAUUUACACGAUGUUUCUUUUGAAAGACACUACUUACUUCUUUAUAUUUCCAAUUUAAAGUUUAUUUAACAAUUGAAGAUCUCACGCUCUAAGUAGUAUU